AUGACGAGAGCACUGGCGGUGGUGGCCAUGGUGGCCACUGCUGCCUUCUUCGCCAUGUCCGCGCGCGCCGAGCAGUGCGGUUCGCAGGCCGGCGGCGCGCUCUGCCCCAGCUGCCUCUGCUGCAGCCAGUGGGGCUGGUGCGGCUCCACCUCCGACUACUGCGGCGACGGCUGCCAGGGCCAGUGCAGCGGCAGCUGCGGCGGCACCCCGCCGUCCCCUCCCCUUCCCACUCCCGCUCCCGCUCCCACUCCCACUCCCACUCCGCGUCCCCGUCCAACCCCUAACCCCCCGAGCGGCGGCCGCGGUGGCGUGGCGUCCAUCAUCUCCGAGUCCCUGUUCAACCAGAUGCUCCUCCACCGCAACGACGCGGCGUGCCCUGCCAACAGCUUCUACACCUACGCGGACUUCCUCGCGGCGGCGAAAGCGUUCCCGGGCUUCGGCACCACAGGCAGCGUCGACACCCGAAAACGCGAGCUUGCGGCGUUCCUGGCGCAGACGUCGCACGAGACGACGGGCGGGUGGGCGACGGCGCCCGACGGCCCCUACGCCUGGGGCUACUGCUUCAAGGAAGAGCAGGGCGCCGCGGCAGGGGCGGCGGACUUCUGCGAGCCCAGCACGCAGUGGCCGUGCGCCGCCGGGAAGAAGUACUACGGCCGCGGACCCAUCCAGAUCUCCUACAACUACAACUACGGACAAGCCGGCCAUGCCAUCGGCGCCCGGAUCCUCGCCAACCCGGACCUGGUCGCCACCGACCCCGUCCUCUCCUUCAAGACCGCCGUCUGGUUCUGGAUGACGCCGCAGUCGCCCAAGCCGUCGUGCCACGCCAUCAUGACGGGGAAGUGGACGCCCUUCGGAGCUGACACCGCCGCCGGCAGGCUGCCGGGUUAUGGCGUCGUCACCAACAUCAUCAACGGCGGCCUCGAGUGCGGCCACGGCGCCGGUGAUAGCCGCGUCGCCAGCCGGAUCGGGUUCUACAAACGCUACUGCGACUUGCUUGGGGUCAGCUACGGCGACAACUUGGACUGCGGCAACCAGAGUCCCUUCAACUAG